GGGUAGUUCAAAUGUCUCACUCAAAUUUUAGACCUAAAAAUGGGUAUAAAACAUUUGUGGUCAAUUUUGGGGCCCUACUACGAAAGAAAGCCUUUAUUCGAGUUACAAGGCAAAACCGUGGCUGUUGAUUUAUCGUGUUGGAUAUGCGAGGCCCAAAAUAUAGCGGAAUAUCAGGUCCAGCCGCGUAUGUAUUUAAGAAAUUUGUAUUUUCGUACGGCAUAUUUGCUUUUAAUGGAAGUGUACCCCGUUUUUGUUUUGGAGGGCAAAGCUCCAGAAUUAAAAUAUGAAACAAUUGCAGCAAGAAAUGCAAUACAAUUUAAAGGUGCCAAACCCAAGACCGAAAAUACUAAAACUGGUAAAGACAGAACCAGAUUUCAUUUUGUUUUAAGACAGUGCGAAGAAAUGCUAAAGUACUUGGGAUUGGCUUGUGUUAAGGGGGAAGGAGAAGCAGAAUCCCUGUGCGCCUAUUUGAAUGAGGAAGGGUUGGUUGAUGGCUGCAUCAGUCAGGAUUCCGAUUGUUUUGCUUACGGGGCCAAAAUUGUGUACAGAAACUUCUCGAUUUCCCAGCAGGGUGCGCACGCCUCUAGCGGAGGCGCAGUGGAUGUUUAUGACAUCAGAAAAGUCGACAAAUCACUGGAUUUGGGUAGAAAUAAACUCGUAACCAUGGCUCUAAUUCUUGGAAGCGACUAUUCGGAUGGUGUCCCCGGCAUCGGAAAAGAUUCGAUAAUGAAAUUUUUCGAAAAUGUAUCGGACGCCGAAGUGCUCGACCGUUUGAGACAGUGGCGCGCCAAUGAGGCACUGUACAAAAAAUACGAAGAAAAAAUCAACGAUAAAAAUAUUUGCACCAGCUGCGGCCACCAUGGCAAAGUACAGGGACACACCAGAAAUGGUUGCAUUUCUUGUGGUACAAAUAAGGGCUGCGAUUCUUCCUACAAAGAAAAGCGACUUAUAAUGAAAAAUGAAGUAAAUAUGAGGUCAAAAUCUAUAUUGGAUCCAGAAUUUCCGAAAGAAGCUUUAAUAACGGAAUAUUUAACGAAAAAAGACAACGUAUCAAAACUGGACAUAAAGUGGAAGCAACCCAAUUUAGUAAAAUUUGUUCAAUUUUCUCUGAAAUUUCUGGGAUGGGAGGAAAUUUAUUCGGUGGAGAAAAUUUUGCCGAUUUUGACAAGGUGGCAAGUUAUGAAUGCAGACUCCCUAAAAUCUCAUGAACAUUUAAAGGGCGUUUUGGUGCCCGACAGGAUUAAAAAAGUUAGAAAUCCAAAAGGUAUUCCAAGUUACGAAAUAAUUUGGUCAGAUCCGCACGAAUAUUUCAAAUACAUAAUUCCUGAAUCCCAGCUGGAAAACCAGGAUUUGGAGAAAAUCUGGUCGAGCAUUGAACCGCAAAACCUGGUGCAAAAAGCAUACCCAGAGCUGGUGGAAGCUUUCAACCAGUCAAAAAUAAAACCGAAAAAAAUCACCAAAAGAAAACCAAAAGUGACUGUUGAUGAGUUGGGGGAAAUGUUGAAAAACACCUCCAUUGAAGUGAAGGCUAAAAAACCCAGAAAGCCCCGGCAAACCAAGAAGACUGCAGAAGAAAACAAAAUCCAAAAUUACUUCAAAAACGACGAAAUCGUGGAAAUACGUCAAUCGACGCCAAUAAAAGAGUUUUCCUUCGACAAUUUAGAGGAAAAACUUAAAAACAUCUCUAUAACAGAAAAAAAUCAGGAUCGUAAAACACCGAAGCAAAACAUAACCUCAGAAAACUACCUCAAGAAGGCCGUGAUUAACAGUCGCGCGUUGAAAAACCACCAAUCAACGCCCGCGAAACUUGCACCGGCCCACUGCGAUUUUUCCUUCGACAUGGAUAUGUCAAAGUUUGGCGAUGAAGACGACUUGGAUGUUUCGGAUAUUGUGGAUAAUAUUUUAAAGAAAAAACCUGAUUACAAGGAUAUUUUAAGUAAUUUAAAUUUGGAUAAAAUUGAAGAUUCAAACUGCGUCAAUUCUUCAAGUUUUUUUGUUUGUAAUCCUGAAGAGGGGGAAGAUAUUUUUGAAAAAACUUUUAAUUUAUUAACCAACAAAAGUAGUGAUGAUAAUGAAGUGGUAAGUAAUGAUGAAAAUAUAAAUAAUUUAAAUGAAAAUGAUGAUAGUUUCUGUGAUAUUUACGUGCCUUUGUAUGAAAGAAUUAAAAUGAAAAAUAAAUAAAAUAUUACUCUAAUAA